AUGAAUUGUUACAAACAAUUUUCUAAAACUGAUGACUAUUGCAAUGCUUACGUAACAUGCGCAUCCACUGGAAAGGCGGCAGUAGCUAUUAAUGGGGUAACAGUGCACACAUUAUUGAAAAUAUUGCUUUCAAAAUUUGUUCCACUAUCAAAUGAGGUUUUUCAACAAUUCCAAACAUUAUUUAAAUAUGUUAAAGACAAUGCAUUAAUAUGUAAAUUCAACCCAAACACCUUGGCUCCCAGUGCUGACAAAUAUAGCACCACCCCACAUCCAGAGGAAAGAGGCUCUAGUCAACACUAUAACUUCAUGCCUAAACUACAAAGGAUCACUACUGUUCCAAAUGCUAAGGGAUAA